CAUUGUAGGUGGACUGGCAUGUCCAAAAAGUGUCUGUAGUGUAUGAAUGGCUGUGUGAAUGUGUAUGUGAUUGUGCCCUGCGAUGGACUGGCACCCUGUCCAGGGUGUCCCCCGAUUUGUGCCCCAUGCCCACUGGAUAGGCACCAGGUUCCUUCUGACCCUGUAAGAAUAAGUGGUACAGAAGAUGGAUGGAUGUUAGAUUGCAGAUCCUGUGAGGCGUAUGUAAAUGUAUGACCUCAAUUGUGGGCAUAAUAAAUGCUGGGAUGUUAUCUGGACCUGCCGCCUUGCGUGUGUUCACUCUGAUCAGUGACUUGUGUAGGGGACAACAUGAGUACUUCAUCAGGUGCCACUUCCAGCGUUGUGUGUGCAUACAAAAGGUUGAGCUCAUCCGGUAGAGAUACAGAGCUGUUCGCAUAUGUCCGGCCUUUAUAGUCCGUGAUGUGUGCUAGACCUUGCCACGUUUUUCUAGAUUCAUAUGCAGUGUAGUCAUUUCAUUCUCUAAUCUUUGUCUGUAAGAUGCUUUAGCAGCCUUUCUGCCCUUUAUAUAAGCAACAUAAGCGUACGGGACAGUUGUGGCUUAGCGUUUAAGGCUCUGGGUUACUGAACAGAUGGUUGGGGGUUCAAGCCCCAGCACUGCCAAGCUGUUGGGCCCUUGAGCAAGGCUCUUAACCCUUUCUGCUCCAGGGCACUGCAUCAUGGCUGACCCUGCGCUCUGACCCCAACUUCCUAACAUGCUGGGGUAUGAGAAGAAAAGAAUUUCACUGUGCUGUAAUGUAUACAUGCACAAUAAAGACUCAUUAUCAUUCUAUUUAAUGUGUUUCAGAGUGGACUUUUCCUUUCAUGGGCAAGUUGCUAAUAAAGAUAACUGCUGACAGGAUACUAAAUUGCUUUGGUAGCUAUUAUAAUAUCGUGUUUACAAUGUGAAAACGAUAACUAACUGAACAUAGAGCUCUAUUUAGUAGAUCAACUGUAAAUUUUUCCAUCACACAGAAUAUAAGAAGAGUGAUUGUCAUCCUUCCUGAAAGAGGAGUAGCACAGACGGGGAAAGUAAAAAGGAAAGGAAAGGGUUAAAACUGGUGGCGCUCUUACACUCCCUUGAAUCUGUUUUUUUCUUUUUUUUUUUUUUUAAACCAGGAGUUGUCGGCGGCAUCAGUAGAGGAUGUUGGAUGAUUUUUCGGGAUGAUCUUCAACAUCUGACACAGGGAUCAAAACAUCCUAAAAUUAUGGAAGGGAGAAACAACUCGAACGGAUGUUUGCUGCAAUAGAAACCGCGACCUUUUUCAGAAGCUCUCUCUUUCCUGCAGGUUUUAAUAAUGCGGUGCUCGGAUAUCAGCAGAUCCGCCGUGAUUGUGCUCUGUCUUUUAGGAUGCAGUAUCUGGAAAGCACUAACGGAAGCUUUGCGAGAAGAUAGCGACGCCAAAGAAGUAGCUUUGAAGGUCCACCUGAGUGACGCAAGCACUCACCAGCCGCUCUCCGACGCCACCGUGGAGGUCUUCGCCAAUCACACCCCCGUUGCUAGGGAGACCUCCAGCAGCGACGGCAACAUCUUCGUCAGAUUCCCGUAUAGCCUGGGUGACCUGCUCGUCAUCACAGCUACCAAGCGAGGCUACGUCCCUAACUCCGUCCCUUGGAGACCAGCCAGGCUGCCUGUCUUCUCAUCACUGAGCCUGGAUCUGCUUCCUGAGAGAGCUGCUACUUUAAUAGUGUAUGAUGAUGAGGUUCAAAUCGUCUCUGGAUACCAAGGAUCGAGGCUUCAGCCGUGGGUUCAGUUCCAGAGGAGAGCACUGAGUCUUCCUCCUAACUCCACCUACACCAACCUGACCGCCUUCCUCACUGUAACUCACUCGGGGCAGAACACACAGCACUUCCCGUACCUGCAGGGCCUCGGCUCGAACAGCACAGGCAGCGACCGCAGGUUUGAGCUGACCCCUGUAGCUGCCAUCAGCGUUCACCUUUUGGGAAGCGAUGGGGCGGAGCUUCGUGUCAGCGAGCCAAUCAGUGUAAGCGUUCCUCUCCCUGCCAACAGUGGCUUGAAGGAGAAUGACCACAUUCCUGCCUGGAGAUUCGAGCCCAAACUCGGAGCUUGGUUGAAGAGCAGUUUGGGCUACGUGCAGAGAGAAAGAGGAGGUGAGCUCAUCCUUACCUAUAUCGCCCCUCAGCUCGGUUACUGGGUAGCAGCCAUGUCUCCUAUAAACACAGGACCCGUGGUUGCAAAGGACAUCAGCACAUACCACACUGUGUUCCUUUUGGCCAUACUGGGAGGCAUGGCCCUCAUCCUGCUCUUCCUCAUCUGUCUUCUGCUCUGUUACUGCAGGAGAAAGUGCUCACGCUCGAGACAAGCACACCAGAAGUACUCUCUCACCUCGUCGUUGGACAGCUCCAAACGAGACCAAGCCACGUCCAUGUCCCACCUUAACCUCAUUAACGAGGCCCAACUGGACCAUGUGGGUGUGGAAGCAGACCUGCACACACCCAUGUUGAAAGCCGCCCUUCACGACUCCUCCACCAAUGAGCUGGUGUCGUCUCGGAACGAGCUCGGGAGUCGCUCUCAGCGUGAAUAUCGUCGCAGCUACACCUCCGUCGUCUCCUCAACCGUCCAUCAUCUCCAUGCAUCUGCUUCAUCCUCAUCCCCGUAUGCACUGCACCACGCUGCCUCAGCUGGUCGCCUGUCCUCGGAGAGCAAGGCCAGUCCACGCGAGCUCUGCCUUUCCGCAUCCACGACUUCACCCACAGCUUCGCCAGAAAGGGAUCUGGGGGCGGAGCAUCGUCCAUCUGACUUCCUGCUCUCACGCUCAGUGGAUCAGCUAGAGCGCCCGCCAGGCCUUCUGCCCCGCCCCGGAGCACUGCUCUGCUGCACGUCGGAGCUCCAGGUAAGCCAGGGCGGAGCCGUAUAUCAGAAAGGCCGGCCCACUUUGCUCAUCCCCGCCCACUAUAUGCGGCUGCCUGGGACGCACCCUCUCUCAGGACAAGCGCUUCUGCUCCAGUCAGAUGAGCGGAGUGAGCUCGAGAGCAUCCGUGCAGAACUUAAUGCGUCCCAUCAGCCUCAAGGUGAAGUGGGGCAAGAGGACCACAUGGGCGAAGGGGUGGAGGAGGGGAAAGUAGGAGCAAGGGAGGCAGCAGGAGGGACAGUGGAUGAGUGGACGGCAGCGCUGCCUGAAGCCUUGUCCAUGCCCAACUCGCUAAGUGAGGCGGCGCUUGGGGUGGUGCAGAUGAACGGAGAAGAUCAGCUACUGGCUGAGAAGACGUUAAUGGAGCUGAGGGGUGGGAAGCCCCUCCCACACCCACGAGCCUGGUUUGUGUCGCUGGAUGGCCGCUCGAACGCGCACAUCCGCCAUUCCUACAUCGAUCUGCAGAGGGCAGCACAUGGCGCCGGCUCUGUGGGCAGCAACGACGCCAGUCUGGACUCGGGUGUAGACGUGAGUGACAUCACGCCAGGCCGCAAGGCCAAAGGUCAGGGAAAGGCCCAGGUUAUGUCACCCACUGUGGAAUGUGCAUCUCUGGUAUUUGUGGAGGGUACAAAGGCUAACGUUAAUGCUCAUUCAGAACCCAAUGAGAGUGAGAGCCAAACUCCUGCCUGCAGCCCAGAAGAAAACUCGCUCAGGCCCUUGUUGCCCAAAGCUGAGAUCGAGGAAGAGACUAUAAUGCCUUCUUCACCUCCAAUGCUCCCCACUCCUCCGCUCCCGUCCCCUCCUCCGCUCCCAGAUCCCACCGUGGAGGAGGAAGAUGAGUCAAGGGGAGACAAGGAACAGAUAGUGAGGACUGAGCGUGCCCAAACGCACCUUAAGCUUUCCUCGAGCAACAGUGCCCCGGAUGGUUUGGCUGUUCCUGAGGACAUAGAUGAGAACAAGAAGAGUCCAUGGCAGAGGCGCGAGGAGAGGCCGCUGCUUGCCUUCAACCUCAAUUGACCCCUGACUUUUGGCCUUUUUACCUGUGGAAUUGCCUUUUGGCUGAAGGAUUUGGGGUCUGACUUUUACGUUACUCGUAAAAAAGUGAAAAGUUGAAGCGACUGAAAUCAAUAAUCACUUCCGGGAACUUGCUUGUGUUUGAACAAAAAGCGCUCCGCUAAACACAUUUAUGCACAACAGCUAUGCCUUUUUAAACGAACUGCAAACGAAAGCCAUUGUACGAAGGUGAGAUGUUUAGCUUUAUGAACCGCUGCUGGCGUUCAGGUAAGCAAUAGGAUCUUCAAGUGGUAGCAUACAGCACUGAGCACUGCGUCUUGUCCACGGUAAAUGUUUAAUCACGUGUUCGUCCUCUGUGUCCCAGCACUUAGCUGAACAAAAUCGCUCAGUCAUGGUUUAGCAGAAAGUCUUCCUGAUAUGAAUCUGUGACUGAAAAUCUAAUGAAGAUUUUCUUUUCGUCCUGUGGUUUCAGUUUCUCGAGUGAGUGUUUGCCCCCCCACCCGCCAUCAGAGGAAAGUUUUGAAUCUUUGGCAUCAAUCAAACACAGUAUUUCCUCCUCAGUACAAUAAUCCAGUGUAUUCAUUGGAGCAUGUGUGAGCUUCCUGUUGUGCUUCACACUUGAGUCUAGACACGCACAGCUAUGCAUUGCUUUAAUUCUGGUUGUUUUUAUUAUUCUUAUUCUUAUUCUUUUUUGAAAGCGUAUUGUGUUUUCAUUAUUGUAUUCGCCGUUUUUGAUUUUAAACACGAUUUAAGUGAACGUUUUAUUCAGGAAAAAUAGUUCCUUUUCUCUUUUGCUUGUCAUACACAUAAAAUGCUCCGUGUGUCUGAAGUGCCUAUGUAGCAGAUGCGUUAAUUUACAAUCAUCACGUCUCCUCGCAGAUUAGAUCCUAUCACAUACCUAUGCUUUGUAUUUUUUGUUUGUUUGUUUUUUGGUAUUUUUUGAAAUGUAGUGCAUAAACCUUGUGUGUGUUUGUACAUGUACAGUGUAUGAAUGAUGUGUCUCUACUGUGUAUUUCUCCACCUGUGGAGAAGGAGUGCAUAUUUCAGAGCGUGUCGUUGUGUGUUUCGGAGUUUGUGUAUGAAUCAAUAUGCUACACUUGUCGCUCCUUGGGAAAAUGUAGUUUGUGUGUGUGUGUUACAUUAUAUGAAUAUGAAAGCUGUCCUUGUGACAUAACCACUUUGCAAUCACUCCCCAACAAUCUCCUUUUGAAUGUCUGGACCGGUUGGUCACUUAUGAUAUAAAGGAGUCCAAUUAUCCCACAAUUUAAAAAAAAUAAUUUAAUUAAAGCUACUUAUGAUUUUGAGAAACAGUAGUAGAAUUAAACGCCUGUUGCAAAAGGUUAAUCCACUGUGUUCAUGUCAGGGAAUUGCACUGGAAUAUUUCUCCAUUUAUCAUAGCUAUGAUGGGCUCAAUCGUAUUGCAUGCAGUUAUCCAAUCAACCAAUCAUGUGUCAAUACAUAUACAAUACAUAAAAUGAUCCAGAUACAAGUCCUCAGUUAAUGUUCAUCAGACAACAGAAUUGGGUUGGAUGCGGAUGCGAUCUCAGUGACUUUCACCAUGUCAUGGUUAUUGGGGCCAGAUGGGCUGGUUUGAAUAUUUCAGAAACUGCUGAUCUCCUGGGAUUUUCAUCACAACACAACACUCUGUAGAGUUUUGUGUGAAAAAUAAAAAACAUCAAUAAAGCACCUUGUUGAUGGGAGGAGACUUGUUCAAGCUGACAGGAAGGCUGCGGUAACGCAAAUUAACACUCUCUACAACCGUGGUGAGUAAAAAAGCAUCUCUGAGCACACAACAUGUUAAAGUUUGAGGUGGAUGAGCUACAACAGCAGAAGACCACAUCAGGUUUUAUACCUGUCAGCUAAGAACAGGAAUCUGAAACUACAUUGGUUACAGGUUUACCCAAACUGGACAGAUAACGAUUAUAAAAUCAUGGCCUGGUCUUUUUCCAGUCUUCAACUGUCCAGGCAUCUACUGGCUCUUCUCUGGUUAAGAUUCAAAAAAUUCUUAAACUGCAGCACCGGAAAGUCCUGGUGCUUUUUUCAACCGCCGCGUCAUCCUCCACAAUCACCAUUACCCUGUUACUAUUUUUAAAAGCCUCAUAAUGAUCCGUAGUUGCGGUACGUCAGCCACUAAUGGAUGAUAUUUUAUCUACUCAGUACUUGCUGAGUCAUGAUAUUCUGGUUGUUUCGUCAUUAAUUUGAGCCUCAAAAUGAAUAUGAAAUGAUGAAAAACAAGCAAAGGAGAAGUACAAGAGCAUUUUGUAAUACUUCUUUUUCCAAAAGCCAGAAACUUUCAAAACAUCUUGUUUACUUUUUGCAUUUCAAAUUGAAAAAAAAAAAACCCCAAGUGAUUGCAGUGUAUAUGGACCUAACCACUACAAGGGUAUGAGUUCAAAUCCAAAGACUGCGACUGAUUUGACACGAAGUGAUGUGUGUGAAUGCAACUUUCGUAAUAUUUGAAAGCUGUAAAUGAUCUGCUCAGAGGAGAGGAAACAUGUUGCAGAGGUUUUAGGGUGUGGUGUUAGCCAGAGCACAGAAAGGAAGGAUUGUAUUUGUUUGAAGUUCAAUACCGCAAAGCUUUACAUAACGUCCAGCAAAACUGUUGCCUACAAUGUUUAACCCUAAACGCCUCAACUGGACAUUUGGUUGAGAUAAAAGCAUCUACUAAAUAAGUAAAUGUACUUGUGGUUCAACAUUAAAUGUCCAAAGGAAGAAGUAGAAGGCGGCUUAAAUAAAAAAUAAAUAAAUAAAAACGCUACAAGGGAACUACACAUUUGAAGGUACAACAUGCUACAACUACAACAUGCACAGACUGGAGUGUGUUAUUCCUUUUAUACCACAGCAAUUUAGCAACAAUUACAAUGACUACGUUUACAUGGACAGCAGUAAUGUAGUUAUUGACCUUAUUCUGAAUAAGACAAUAUCCUGAUUAAGUUGCUUUUAGAAUAUUCCUUUCAUGUUCAGGUUUGUCCGAUGUCCCUCCAGAAUUUCACGUAUCAACAUACAGUUGGUCUUUGUUAUGGUACCGUAUACAGUUUUGGGUGUUUCAUUUUUAAUUUUACAAAAGCUUCAAGUGCAGUUAAUUAUUUCAUGCUAUAUGUGCAAAUAGACGACUGCUUGAAACCAUGGGCUGCAUCAGAAACCGCGUACUUACCUACUAUAUAGUAGAAAUACAUGUAUUUCGGCUACUAUAUAGCAGGCAAGUACGUGGUUUUGGAUGCAGCCGUGCUCUCUUGUUUGCCAUGAAACGGUUGAGCACUGCCGUGUGUGUACGUGUCCUGUCGCAAAUUGCGGUGAAAACUCCCACAUGACGCUAAUAGUGUGGUUAAGCUGUGUACAUGUCUGUAAUGCACGUCGAUAAUGGGACCAAAACAGGAAUACUCCACGUGUCUUAAUUCCAUUUGUCUUUACUUCAAGUAUGACUUUAGUCGGAUUAAGGUCAUCAAUAAUCACUGUUUACAUACUAGUUUCUUAAUCAGAGUAUCGUCUUAAUAUCGGAAUGUUGUUGUCCAGGUAAGCGUAGUGAAUGUUAAAUGUAUUAAUGAAUGGCACGACAUUCUUUAAUUAACCAACACUUCCUGACCAGUCAGUUUCAAGAACAGACCCUUUUCACAUGACUCAAAGCAGUGUAUGGCUACUUCCGCCAGCAUAGUUGAACAUCAUCUAGAUGAUGUUCAAGAACUUGCAGACAAAUUUUCACUUACGACAUGCGUUAUAAACUUUAUACAAGGAUACAAAUUCUUCGUUGAGCAGUAUCUGUUUGAUUAUGAAGGUAAGCAUUUUUGUAUUGAGUUAGGAUAACGGUAGUUAUUGGCUUUCUCUUCUGCAAAUGGAAAAUCUUUAAGUCCUUAUUCUUGAUUAAAUUUACUCUAACACAGACGGCAAACUCUUGUUGCAAUCAUGUUUCCAUAUUACCGAUGUUAGCUAUAGAUUGUGUAUUGUUAGAAAAAAGUCAGUAAUGUAUUCAUGGUUAAUGUUGUGCUGUGCAAUUAUACGUUAAUAUAAAAAGUAAACACUAUUUAACACUUUGUUAGUAAACUUGUAGCAACACAGGCCGAGAGCGACGCACAUUUUUCUAGUUGCUGCUAGCUAGCCUACUUUCCCAUCCAAGGCAGUUACACGUUAGAGAAUUGUAAACAGGAAAUGAUCUUUGUCAAAAGAAUCAAAAUAUAAGAACCUGUAAAUACGUAAACAUUAUUAUUCUAAUCUUUACCUUUCAUGCUGUUAGUUAGCACGUUCCUGCAAAGGAAAACGGAAGUACACAUACACUGCUGUGCGGAAAGACGGAAGUUUUCUGACGUCAUUGUGAACAGGGACUAUUGAGCCCUGUGCUAUAGGUCUUUAUCACACUUCCG